GGUCCGAGCCCUUCCCGGCUCGCCGGCGGUUCAGCAUGGCCGCUCGGGUGCUUCUGCGGGCGCUGGGAGCGGCCAUGCCAGUCCCGUCCCGCGGCUAUGCCAAGAAGCCGGCCAUGAAGUCCAAGGGCAAGAGCGUGUCGAAGGAGGAGCUGAAGGGGCCAGAGGUGUGCACAGACCCUGUCAUGCUUGCCACCCAUGCCAUGGGGGUCAACUACUUCAAGGAUGGCCCAGAGGUGGUCCUGAAGGAGGACUCAGAGUACCCGGACUGGCUCUUUAACAUACGCCUUGGGCCCCCUAAGAAGCUGGAGGAACUGGACCCUGACUCCAUCGAGUACUGGAGACGCCUGCGGAAGUACAACACCUGGCACCGCAACAGGCUGAAGAAGGGCAGGAAGAUGUAGGUGCUGCAGAACUUGGGGUGUUGGGGCCACCCUGAGUGCCAGUGUGGGUGACACUGGGACAAGCUCUGGGCUUCCAGUCUCUUCUUCUUGCUAUAAACAAGUAAUAAAUCUCUGGUGAGGCUGAUA